GCCAAUGCAACUCUGGGCUUCGGCGGCUUGUUUGUUGUCUCUGGCCCAGGGAGCCCACGCCGUAACAACCUGAUCCAGUCCGCUAACGUCACCGAGCUGCACUUUACCAUCCCGACUCUACCGACAUGGUCAGAAGAACAAAUCAUGGCCUUCAGAGGCAAGGACGACAAGUCGACAAUCACAAACGGCUCUGUCCGCGCAUGGCUGAGCCACAACUUGGUCCUCAAUGAGUUCCUCAAGUCGGGUCUCGAGACGGCUCUGAUCCUCGAAGAUGAUGUCGAUUGGGACAUCCGCUUGCGUACACAACAAGUUCCACUCGCUCAAACUGCCGCCCGUACGUUGCUGCCGCCAGCAGGAGAAGAAUACCCCUGGGGUCAUCCGGACGACUGGGAGCUCUUCUACGUUGGACACUGCGGAGACUACUUUACAACCAUGGAUGAGCCCGUUGGUGUCGGUGUCGUUCAUCCUAACAAUCUGACCGACCUCCCUCACGUCGUCUACCCCGACAGCACUCUGCCUCGCCGAACCGAUCUACACCCCUUUACCUCAUCCCUCCUCACCGCAUUCGACGUACCCCAGAGAUCACGCAUCGUCCACAAGUCCGUCUCGCCACUUUGCACCUUUGGCUACGCCGUCACCCGCGCCUCGGCCAAACGACUCGUCGAAGAAUAUGCCCCCGUGACCGGCAACCGUGGUAACAUCGACCACGCCUACGAUGUCGCUAUCCUGACCGCUUGCCGUGACAAGGGCCUCCGCUGUUUCACAGUCAACCCAGAACUCAUGCACCAUAUGGAGGGCGAGAGUCUGAUUAGUAACCUGGACAACAAGAAAUGGCGCCCGCCCGUCGACAAGGCCGGUCUCAAGCAGACCUACUGGAGGGGUGAAACUAGCAACAUUGCAUGUGGCUUCUGGAGCAGAGACUUCAGCUGGAAUGGCGACAAGAGCAGGCUAGAAAAUCUGAGAGAGGAGGUUGGCCGUAAAGGCCAGUGCAUGAAG